AACCACCACAAUGUCCUCCCCAACCCCUCUCCGCAUAGCAAUCGGCAGCGACGAAGCCGGCGUCUCGUACAAAGCAGCCAUAACCAAAGACCUCAACAGCCUGCCCAACCUCGUAAGCUCCAUAACCGACGUCGGCGUCCCCGCCACCACGGAUAAAGAAGCCUACCCGCACGUCGCCGUGCGCGCCGCAAAACUCAUCGCGGACGGCACCGUCGACCGCGCCAUCCUCAUCUGCGGCACCGGUCUCGGUGUUGCCAUCUCCGCGAACAAGGUCCCUGGAAUCAGAGCCGUGACGGCGCAUGAUUCUUACAGUGUGGAGAGGAGCGUGUUGAGUAAUGAUGCGCAGGUGCUUUGUAUGGGGGAGAGGGUGGUUGGGUUGGAGCUUGCGAGACGGUUGGCCAAGGAGUGGUUGGCGUAUCGAUUUGAUCACGGGAGCGCCAGUGCGGCAAAGGUGAAGGCGAUUGGCGAAUAUGAGGAUGAGGCUGCUGCUGCGGGGAAGACCGGAUAAUUUGACUCUUCGUUGGUUGUAGCGAAUCGUAUUGGACAUGAUGCGUU